ACUGCUUCGGCCUGGCAGAGGAAGGCGGGCGGGGAAGGAUGCUGACUGAGGCCGGCGCUGCGGCUGCUAGACGGGAGCGAGGGGACCUGCGUCGGGCAGGCGCGGUGGGAGCAGCGCCGCGGUCAUGCCCAGCUCCCCGUCGGCGCCUCCCGGGCCGGACCCGGAGGAGCACUACGACUUCCUCUUCAAACUGGUGCUGAUCGGCGAUGCCAGCGUGGGAAAGACGUGCCUGGUGCAGCGCUUCAAGACCGGGGCCUUCUCUGAGCGCCAAGGCAACACCAUCGGCGUGGACUUCACCAUGAAGAGCCUGGAGAUCCAGGGCAAGCGAGUCAAGUUACAGAUCUGGGACACGGCUGGUCAAGAAAGGUUUCGGACUAUAACCCAGAGUUACUAUCGAAGCGCCAAUGGAGCUAUUCUAGCCUAUGACAUUAGUAAGAGAGGCUCUUUCCAGUCCAUUCCUCGCUGGAUCGAGGAUGUGAGGAAAUAUGCAGGCUCCAAUAUAGUACAGUUGCUAAUUGGAAACAAGUCUGACCUAAGUGACCUUCGGGAGGUUCAACUAGAAGAGGCUCAGAGUCUGGCUGAACACUAUGAUAUCAUCUGUGCCAUAGAGACUUCUGCAAAGGACUCCAGCAAUGUGGAGGAAGCUUUUGUGAAGAUGGCCACAGAGCUAAUGAUGAGGCAUGGAGGCCCUGUGUUCAGUGAGAAAAACACAGACAGCAUCAAACUUGACAGCAAGGAUGUGGUAGAAGGGUGGGGGUGUGGCUGCUGAUCAUAACAAUUUCUCUAAUUGUUACUGGAAUUUAGAGGAUACAUUCCCUUCUCCUUUGCCCUGGGUCUCCUCUAUACAUAAACACUUUGCACAAGCUUUGUGUUUUGUAAGUUAAGGGAUUAACAUUUGCAGCAUGUUUUUAAUAUGAAGGAACUUUCUUGUGUAGAUCUGAAACUGUGUAGCAGUCAUUCCGUAGCAAUUUCUACUAGAUUUUUUUUUAGAGGAAUUAGUGCAAUUUGGCAGUAAAUUGCACAAAAUGAAGCUACUAAAAUAUCUUCAUACAAAAUGGUCUGAGUGCAAAACUGCUAGUUUACUAUUCACUGACAUCUCAGUAAGGGACUUAUCAACUUGGAUGACAUUUAAUGCUUUUAUGGCAGCAAGUUUUCAGGCUGCCUGUUUCUCUUCACAUUCCAGGGGGAAAAAUGUAUUUAAACUUACAAAUGGUAACAUAUUUUUUAGGGAUAUUUCAAGUAUGAAAUAUUCAAUUUUCUGCAUAGGAUAUAGCAGCUGAACUCCUUAAAUUAUGGAAUUGUGCUUUCCUGGAUACUAAUACUGCUAUACAAGAUGUGCAAAACGAGCAUUUUUCUCCUUUUUUUUUCCAAAUAGAGAAAGCAGUAGCAAUUGUAUAAUAUAUAGAGCAAGGCUCUCCAAUCUUGGCAACUUUAAGCCUUGUGGACUUCAACUCCCAGAAUAUCUCAGUCAGUUUUGCUUUGCUGGCUGAGGAAUUCUAGGAGUUGAAGUCCACAAAGCUUAAAGUUACCAAGAUUGGAGACACCUGACAUAGAGGUUUUGUUUUGUUUCAUUUCAUAUUCACCUCAGAAGACUUGAUCCUGAACACAUUUCACUGGAUAGUAGUUCCAUGGGUUUCAGUGGAAUUUUCUUGGAAGUAAAUGCCUUUGAAACUAUAUAGGGCUUUAUUUCAAAUAGGCUGAAAAUUAUAAGUUAAGAUAGAUUUAAUAGUUUAUUUUGCACAAUUGAUAUAGAUUCCUUAGUUAAUACUAUAGAUUGGUGAUUCUCGUCUUCAUUAAUUUCAAUAUGGUUAGCAUACUUCAGAGAAACAGUUUAUUUGAAUACCUGUCCCUUCAAUCCUAACCUCUUCUUCUUUCAUUACUAUUGAGCAUAUUACAAAUUAUCCCAGCUAGAGGAUUUCCCCCCCCCCCCAUUUUUCGGUAUUUUCAACAAUUAUCGAGUUGGCUCUUUUUGAACUUUAUCUGGUCAGUGGUAUUAAGUUGUUAAUAAGUAUAUGGUAAAUGUUGAAUUAUGUGUAGGAGAUAAUUGGUCAUUUUCGUAAACUGACCGAUCAUAGUACAGAGCUCUCAAAAUCAUCAAACAGUUGCUUUGUUUUGUAAGACAAUGGCUCAGGAAUUCUCAUUAUAAGGCAUAUUUGCUAAUUUUAUAAGAUACUUCUUUUAUAUCAUAGGCCCUGGGUUUCCUACUGUUCACUCCUUACCCAUUUCUUCUGCCCUUGAUUUCUUCCAUUAUGCUACAACACAAUUUUCAAGUUAGCUUCCAUGCUAUUUUUUUCAGGACAAAUCAGUAGCAUAUAUUGUAGAAGAAGUCUGCAAUCUAUUAGUCAAAAACUGCUGAACUAUUUCUACUUUGUUAAUUUAAGAUAAAUAUCCUUGUUUACAUUGGCCAGUGGUUUAGAAGUGCAGAUAUUAAUAACUAUUGCCUUUUUAGAGCACCUUAAGCUGGGAAAUGAAGAAUAAUUAUAAUGACUGCAAAUCUUCCAAGCAACUUUUCAGUGUCCAACAUUAUUUCUAAUGGGCCCUAGGCACCUGUCUGAGAAUCAAAGAUUUUGAAUGAAAUCCUUGCAGUCAGUUAUGUUAAAACGGGUUUGAUACAAUGGUACUAUUAUGGCCAUGAAUACCUCCCUGAGCACCCAUAGGCUUUCUAACCCAUCUGAUUUUUUUAAAAAAAGAUUUCUUACUUUUAAAAAAUCAAAUGUGAAACUAACAUAAUAUGCUUUCAAACUUGUGGAUAUGCCCAAUGCGUUUGUCUAAUCUAUUUUAGGAAAAUGCUUAGCGUUUUAUGAUUGGAAACAAGUUUCAGUUCAGUUAGCAGAGAUUAGGAUAACACUAGUUUUGAGAGAUUGCUUUUGUAGAAGAUCAAUAUGAGAAAGUUAAAACACUUGAACCUGUUUUAAUUUUUGCAGUAUAAAGUUGUCUGGCUGUAUUAUUUACCUUACUACUCGAAUUUUGAUUCCAGUGAUUAUCCUGAUGAAUGUUUUUAUUGAAAUUUCAGAAUAGUAGCUUUAAAAUUGAAUGUUUUGUAAGAUGUAGAAGAAAGGGGCCUUAAUUUCAGUUAGAUGUAGUUUUAUAAUUAUGUCUCCAUAGAAAAGAGGUAACGCCUGAGAGAUGCGGCUUCUAAAUUCUAUUUUAUAGAUAUAGAUAUAAACCAGAUUUCUUCAGGUUUAUUGUAUCCAGCCUUUUAUUCCUAAGCAGUGAUUACUAACAGAACAUUGGCAUUACAGAAAUGGUUGAUUUCGUGCUGUGAAUCCAAUACUUUAAGAAUUAAUAUUAUAUAAUUUCAGUUUCUGCAGCUGAGUCCUUGAAAAUGAAAGAAAAAAAUGAAACUGAAUAAUCUUAGCAUGAUUGAUUGAACCAAGCACAGAUCCUAAAUUCAUCUCCUCAUAUAGUAGCUUUUAUAUCAUGCAUCUGUACACUUUUCAAGCCAUAGGUAACCCCUUUCCAAAAGGCUGAGGUUUUGGCAAAAUCCUGCACAAGGAAUUUGAUGGGUGCUACCUUUUAAUCAUUUCUGUAUGAGAGAGGGCAGUUUAAGAAUAGUCCCUGCAUAUCUUAUGCAUAUGUAGAAGGACAAGUUUGAUUUUCCAAGAGUUAAAUGAGAGAGUAUACCCAACUCAGUAAAUAAAACUAAGACGAAAGAAUUAUAUCAGCUCCAUUUCCAGUUAUUAAAACAUGAAAACAAAUUUAAAUCAGUUUCUUUUAAAAUGCAGCAUAAAAUUUGAUGUCAUUCAUCAUUGCAUUCUUAAGAAUAUUUAUUUCCCGGAAGGGAGACACCUAUGGGGUUUCAGCAUAGCAAGAUCAUCAGAAAGUAUAAAAAAGAAUCCACAAAACAAAUAUAUAUUUUGAUGAAAACUGAGCGAUUAACCAAAGAGGGAAAUUUCAAUAUCUGUGAUAUAACCAUUGGUGAAUCCUGCACUUACUAGUUUAGUAUCAGUCUGACUCCAGGUGGGAAGGAACUCAGCCUUCAGUGGACGAUUUAAUGGACACGUUGGUUUAGAAAUGGCGAGUUCUUUCUUCACCGUGGCAGAAAGGGCUGCAAAGAUCUCGGCCUAUUAGUGAUCUAAGGAAUUGAUGCUACUGUAUUUCAAGCCAAUCUGAUAUAACGGUGUGCCAAUAAUGAUUUUUUUAAAAGAGGAUUCUGUGAAUGGACAUUUUUUUGGGGGGGUUGUUACAUUAUUUAUAUAAAUGUGUUCAAGUGUUAUGUGAAUAGACUCCUUUCAUAUUGGUUUCGUAGGGCUAUAGUUCGGUAAACAUUCCCAAAAAUAAUUGAGAGCACACAGUUACUUCAGAAUUAACUUGCUGCUUCAUAUUGCUAAUACACAUUUUAGCAGCUAAGAUUCUUUAGUAUUUUAUAAUGUGAUGUAAACUGUUUAUUUAUUUGUUCCCAGGUUGGAAAGCAAUAGCUUUCCUCAAAUUGAUUUUUAUGAGCUGUUAAGAUGGGGUUGCAUAGUACUGACACAGUUACCAAUUUCUUUUCUUUCUCCAUACAUACUGCACUUCAGUAAUUAUUGUACAAAGACUAGCUCUUGCUUCAAUUAUUCAUUGCAAGGACAAGAAAAUUAAAGACCAGAUUUUAGAGAAUAUUACAAAUCUGUCUUAUAUUACUUCUAUUGAAUUUCUGGUAAACCUACAAAUUGGAAACAGAAUAGUGCAAGAUUGUCUGGGCCCCUGCAAGCUUUUCUGUAAUUUGCAGGUAUUUGGGAGAAUGGUGGCCAUGAUAUUGCUGUUGCAAAUUUCAAUUAAAAGUUAAUCUUCAGGGCCCUUCUUUAUAUGAGGAGUUGAAUAGGAUGCCUCUCCAAGUAGUAAGGCAAUCCAUACGGAUUCAUUACAAUCUUCUCCUGGGAAAGUUGAAGGAAAAAGACAAUCAUCCUUGUGCAAUGACAAAUAAGAACUUAAGUAGUGUACAGUGUAAUAGCCUUGGGGGUAUCUUCAGUGGAAAUACUGAAGAUUGAACCUGUAUCUGAGCUAGUGGCUUGAACAUAAAUUUUAAAAGACAAAAUUGUCAAAAUAUUUAGUGACCCCAUUAUCAGCAGGAAGAAUUCAGUCAAGAACAUUGUUUUUCUUUAGUCUUUUGAAUAGAAUGGAAGUAUUGUAUGGAGAAACCUGUUUGGAAAAGAGUCAUAUUUCAAAUGGAUUUUUUCAGUAAAAUAUAAAAAUAGCUGUAUGUCAUAAGGAGUGGGAAACAUUUAUUUACUUGCAGCAAAAAUAUGAAUUUAAACUCCAUGCCUGUUUCUUUAAAGACUCAGGGCUCUUCACAGCACCUCUAUGUGCUGUUGAUCACUGUUUGACUGUUCCGGUAAUGCUAAAAAAAUCUCAUUGGCCUUUAACCAUAAUGUAGAUAAUCUGUAGGAUUAAUUAUGUUUAUAAAAAUUCAUUAUUUUGUCUAAAUCUGUUUUUAAUGUAAUACUAUAAAACAAUUGCAAACUCUGUUAGUCUUGUCUGUUCUGACAUAAAUACUACCUAUUUACAUUCCAAAUACACAGGCACACACAUAGAGGCACACACAGGGGCGCGCAUAUACAUACAGUCACAUUCCAUGGAUUUAUAUUUGUCUGGCACUCUCUAGCAUAAAAUAAUAUGGAGGUUUCAGGUAAAUGAAAUGAAGCACAUGAAACGUGCCAGAGUCAGUUUGAGAUAUUAAAUGCCUAACUAUUGAAAACCAUUCUCAGAUUUUUAAACAUUUCAGAUGAACUACUUUUCUUGCACAGAUAGUAAAUUUUAUGGUCUGUUUUUUGCAUAAAAUGCAGGGGAAUAUGCUACAGAAAUACGAUUGUAAAUGAUAGUAUUAGAUAUGUAUCAUGCAGUUUAGAACAGACUGCUUUUUGUGACAGUUUGAAAAAUAAAGUACACUGAAUUAUGUCUAAAAUUGGUUCCAGCUUUUCCAAAAUAAUACCUUUGAAGUCUUAUGAUAGAAAUGUGCAGACACAAUUUAUGGCUUUAAAAUUUUUAAAAAUUUUCUAACAAUCUAUCUCCUAGGGAAAUUCUUUAACACAACUGCUGAGAGAAUUAUAUAGUUUAUACCCAGGUUGUUCCAGACUUUAAAUGUUAUUUAUGAUUAAUGCUUUCAUUUUCAAUAUACUAUGAUUGAUUGGCAGAUUAGGCAGAAUUAUUGUUUACUCUUUGUAACCCAAUGGAUAGACCUUCUCCAGGUCUCCAAUCUGGCCUUUCAGGACUUCCAAUUCUGCAACUCUUGCUGAGUCAAUUCCAUCAUGGCAAUUCCAUCUUGCCAUUAUCUAUCUGUCUUUUUGUUCCUUUCACCUUUACUACCAUUAUGGAUUUUCAAGAGAUCUCAGUCUUUUCGUCAUGUAAAUAAACAUGUUUAUUUUGUUUUGGUAUUCCUUGGAUUUCUCAGCUUCCAGCUUCGGUAUCUUUACCAACAUCUUUGUAAAUCUACUCUUCAUCUCUUUGAAUGGUUCUCUGAAAUUCUUUGUUAAGUUGUCCCAAAGGUGCUUUUUCCAAAAACAACUCGGCUUCCUUUGUUUUUCCUUUUCUCAUCCAAAAAGCUUCUUCAGUUCAGUGAAUGAGAAGCGAAAUAUCUUCAAGGACAAACAAAGAAAGUCCAGUUGCCUUUUGAAAAAGCACCUCUGGGACAACCAUGACUUGGAUGACUGAGAAUCUCCAUAGGCAUCUUUGUUAAGUUCCUGAAAAUUUGGAUUUCUUGGCUUUGGCUUUUCUUCCCUUUUUGGCAAUUUCCAAAGUGCAUUCUGACGGUAGCUUUCCUUCAUUGGUGUUUUGAAGACCAUGUAAGCAAUAAAUAAAUCAUUGGGUUGACUGAUAAGUCAUUCUUUUGCUUCAUUCAGUUUUCUAGGUCAUAUAUAGUAGUACAACUACUUUCUGCUUUACUAUUUCCAGCUUUGGCAUCUUAAUUUCCAGCCACAACUGACAUAUUUUGCUUGAAUUUUCUAUCAAUUGAUUGAACAAUUGGACUUGACCAUAACAUCCAUCAACCCCCCUUGUGUUUUGCAUUAGUGAUUGGAGUAUAAUUUGGAUGUCAUUUUAAAAGGGUUGUCUAUAAAUCUGACUGAUAUUAUUUGGUCAUUAACUGCAUUGUACCUAAGUAACUGAUUGAAAAACUGUCCACUUGCAGUCCAUCUUAGUUUGCUGAUGCCUAAGGUAGGUAGGUAGGUAGGUAGAUAGAUAGAUAUUUGAUUGAUUUCAUUUUCCAAUGUGUUGAGUUUUACUGUAUUCAUGCUUCUUAUUUCCAUUGUUUCUUCUGUAAUUCUGUCUUUGCAGUUUUAUAUUUUCUCUUUCUGCACGGAAGCACCUGCAAAUAGAUGCCCCAAAGACUUUAAUUCUUUCAUAAAUACCAUUAAACAUUAGUACUGCUACACAGCUCUUUCUCAGUAAUAUGUUGAAUGCCAUCCAAUCUGAGCGGUCCACCAUCUUUCAGCACUUUACAUUGUCUAUCCAUAUGGUUUCCUUACAAGAUUAGUUUAUCAUUGCUUUCUCUUGUGCACUGUUUAACUGGUUUUGUUCUUGGCACUAAAGUGAUCAUCCACCUCCAGCAUCUUCCUAUAUCACAGUUGCUUGAUAUAGGUGCCUUUUCUCACCAGCUGGGCAGUUGGGUGGCCUUCAUGCCCUGAAUUACUCUGCAGGGAGUAUCUGUCUUGGCAUGCACCCCCAAUGUUCUUUGCUCACCCUCUUUGGAAUAAACCACUGCUACCACCAUCAUGAGGUCAGAAGAAAAUGUAUAUUACAGAAAAUGUUCACUUAUCUCUUAAUUGAAUUAUUGUUUAUUGGAUGACAUUUAGACUUGGCAAAGCAGACAAAAAAAUACAGUUAACCAGUAUUGGAUUUAUUUUUUUUUGUUCUAUGGAAGAUAACUCAUUUAUAAAAAUAUUAAAAUUUCAAUUAAUUUUUUAAAAACUGCAUUUUAAAAAAGAUGUCUGCUUUAUGUAUUUAUUUACAAUACUGUACAACGUUUAUUUUAAUUCAUAGUCUAUGCAAAAAUGUUAAAAUUUGAAAAAUGUAUUUCAUUUAGCCCCUUCCCUUUGGGCUUUAGAAAAUGUCUGGAAUUGGGAAAUGUCAGAAGUACAUAAGCACAUAUGUAUAGUUAUGUCUGCAACAUCACUACCGCAACAGAUUAAAAGAGAGUAUCAAAUGGCAUAGCAGAUGAUCUAAUCUACAUACAAUCAAUUAUGCAAUCUCAGUUUUUAUGUUACAUAUAAGCAUGUAGAACAGAAGAGACUUUGCACAUCUCUCUUUGCACAUCUGUAAAAUGUUGAGAGAAAUUGUAUGCUUCUGAUGGAGCAAGGAAAAAGAACUUUGUCCUAUUUCCCCUUUCUAAUGUACAAUGUGUUUUCACAUCUUUGACAAAGAUUUAAAAAUGUAAAUAUAGUCAGAUUAUGCACCACUUUCUCUGAAGUCUUUUCCUUUUAAAACUAAGCAACAGCAGAAUUUAUGUCUGCUUCCCAUCAAUCUCCCUACUCCACCCUUGGAUUCUCUGACCCAGUUAUGAUAAUGGCAUUGGUUCUGUGCAUUGAUUUCUAGCUUACAUAAUUAGGGAGAUGACAUCAUCCUUUUUUCUGAGUUUCAAACUUGAAGAUCAGUUCCAUUGUAAAUCAUUUGACUUUUUUGUGAAUAUAACAAAAUAUAAGAAUAUAUCUGCCUCCCUCAUGGUGCUUGAAAUCCUAAAUUCCAAUUUAACUGUAUAACUAGUAUAGACAUUUUCAGGGUGUCAUAAAUAGUGAGGCAAUCUGAAAUAUUUAUGGUUACAUAAAAUGCUCAUUAGAUCGUAACUUACCUCCUCUCAUUGCAUUCUGGGAAAUAAAGUGCAUGUAUAAUUCACAGGCAUGCUUUUGUUAUAUCGAUUAUGGCAAAUGUCUGCACUAAAAAUUUAACAUGGGAUUUUCAGGUAUUUGAAUUGUGAUGAACAAAGUGUGGAGAAGCUUGUCCUAUUUCUUCUCCCAAAAAUAAUGUUUGAGUCAUUUGGGUUUUUAAGAUCUGCCUAUUUUCUCAAGUUCUCAAAUUAUUAGGUUUCUUGUUUCAAUUAAUCAACAGUCAUCACCUGGGGAUACCCUCUAUCCUAAAUUCCAUAAAUUAGAUGUAUGGGCUGGAUCAAACCUUCUUUCACAGAUUUCCAUGGAGAAUUCCAAAUGUGACCAAAUGUGCAUCUUCAUAGGAGAUGAAUGUUCAAAGCUGAUACUGAUAUUGCAGUGCAGAUAAAAUACAUACCUCCAUCCACUCCCAGACAUGAGAGGACACAUCUGUCUCUCAAUUAGGGAUAGGAUAUAUAGACUGUUGCCAUUUUUUAAAAUCUGGCCAACAUAGUGUAUAUAAUACAAAAAUGCAAAAUUGCGAUCUGUGGAGAAACGGAGUGAGCUUUAUUUUAAAUACGGAGCUUGUGCCUUAGAAAUGGUUCUGACUAAAAGUGAAAGGCCAGAUAUUAAAUGCACAUUUUUUUUGCAUAGCUACACACACAGCCCAAGUUUAACGAAGAUUGGACACAUUAUUUGCAAUUGACUGAUUUCUGCCAUAAUCAAUAAAGUACAAGUUCCUUAAGAUUGGUAUUAUGCAUGUUUAAAAUAAAAGUAUUGGCGUGACUGGGGCAAUCCUAGUAGCAUCCCUAGUUUACACAUCCUGGCUAAUAUGACUUCUAAUGCUGUCAGAACCAAUGAGUGCUAAAGGAGAGAAAGAAAGUAAUUGGUUUGCUCUAACCUUGCCGUCUUUCUGCUUGGAAAUACUCUGCCUUUCUCAAUUGCUUUCCUACUUUUGAAAAUACGAUUUGGAAACAUGUUGAUGUUGGUUGUUUUACUAAGAAUAAGAUUUCAGCAUUUAUGUGUGUAUUAUCAUCUCAUUGCUUUUAAGCUUAGCUAUAACCCGAUGGCAGAAUUUGUGGAAGGUACAAUAGGACAGGUGCAAGUAUUUCUAGACUGAGUUGUAAUGGUAGAGAUUUGUGUCAGUAAAUAUAGCUUUGUCUGAAAUCUAACAGAGCAUCUGCACAAUUUUUGAAGUGAGGGCUGGUUUUUUUUAGACAAAUCUUUUAGUGGUGUGGGCUAACAAAGGUUCGUCAUAUGCUCUGUGCAGUAAUUGUGCCUAACUAACUGGUAUAGCCUGACUUUUAAAAUCUCUUGUCCUAAGGACAGGCAGCUUUUCUACUAGCUGGUUCAUACACUUAGUAAGAUAAAGCACCAAUUCAUAUUGAAUUCACUACUUCAUUUCCAAAGGGUUUGAAGAAGUCUGAUGUUAUUGAAUUGUUCUCCAUUUUUUGAAAACAGUUUUAUUGCUUGUAAUAAGGCUUCUUGGGAACAGACAUAGAGGCCCAUCUGUCUUGUUUUCCCUUAUAUAGAGUUUACUAGAAGAGGUGAAAACAAGAUAACAAGGGAACAGAGUAUCAAUGUUGACAUUUUAUUGGCACCUAUUUAUGGAUUUAUUAAAAAAGUUUAUUUUUAAAAACUAUAAAAUUUACUUUUUUUGGUAAAAUAUAGCAAAAUCUGUAGCAAAUACAUUGUACUGUCUAUAAUUAAAAUGAGCAUUUGGCUAUUA